GAUCACGUGACCAUUAUGGCGGCUCCCAGCUGACAAGUUGACGACUUGAUGUAAACAAACCGGCUUCCGGGCUGAAACUUUUAGUGUAACUGUGAUAUUGUCACACAGCUGCCACGAUGUUGCAUGUAACAACAGAAAUUGGAAUACCAGGAAAACAAGAGCGUGAAAGACGCCACUUCCCAGACAUACACAAUCGCCCUGGACACACAGCGUACACAGAAAGAGGCCGAAGAUACAUCCCACACAACUAUGGCCGGUUUGAAGAAUGGCGGCCUCAUGGAACUUUUGUUGACGUAGAGUACACAAACGCCGGUCCAGACUGGGAGUCAAGGUUACGGUACCUGCCCCACCCGAAGAACCCACACUAUCCUGCUGCUGAAAUAUGGCCCAAUAACUGGUGGUCUAUGAGACCAUACCCAUACACUUAUAUGAGAAGUAAUACUGAGUGGCUUUUGGACCCCGACCACACAAAGAUUGGAAUGAGGUGUAUCUUUAACGGCCAGCAUUCAGCCACCAAGACCUCCCAUGAUGAGAUCACCCAUAACAUGAGGUUUGGGAAAAGCAGGAAUGUGAACGAUAUUCAAAUGCGUAACUGUAUCCCGGAGGCAUCGCCCGGUGACAAGUCCUACCAGGCACCCGAGUUCUCCAGCUCCUUCCACAAACUCGGCUCCACCAGACCCAUCGUCAGCUUCAGUACACCUGUGUCUGUGAGUCGUAAACCCGACACAUUUGUUCCACUGCACACAAUGCCUGCAUUCUCCAGGGAGACUUACAAGCAAAAGGAGCGGAAGCGGUCGGUGGACGAGGAGGUGAUGCUGGUGCGGAAGCUGGACGACUGGAAGCCUGCCACGCCCCUCCCUCUCACCCUCCCCCAGGAGGAGAAGGACAACAAGAAGGAGCGAUAAACAACAACAAACAACCACUUCAGUGAGGGUCUCACAUCCUUGAUUGCUGUCAUUGCUGUCAUCGUCUGAACAAAGGAGGAUUCCCAUUGUGCUAUUCAUCCUCAUUACUUAAACACAGUAUCCAUGAGCGAACAAUUCCUUUUUCUGUGAAUCUUCAAUGAAUUAUUUACUAAGAGGUUUCGAUAUAUACUUGGUAUUUAUCAGUUGUUUCAUUAUUUAAUGUUGAUAAACAUUUAUUUUUACAAUAGAUCAUGUUUAUCUGAAAUAAGUGUGAAUACUUUAAGCCAAUGUCUCAUCAGGCACUAAGCCAGUACUUAUGUUGUAGACUUCAAGUCCAGUUUUCAUUAAUUCUUUGUUUGGGUAAUAUAAAGUAAGAACAAGCAGUUGUAUAGCUGGCAACACUUCGAGUGUUUGUUAAGGUUUAUGCACCAAAAACACAAGACAGUGUCAGUAAACAAGGUGUCAUUCCUUAUCAAAAUGUUCACUUUCAUUGCAGUGAUUAUUUCCAUCAACCACACUUUCUGUUUGUUGAGUGCCACAGUGUAAGUGUUAAUGUAACGGUGGUGUGUAUUGUAGUAACUUGUCCAGUGAACAGACCUUAUCUCACAAACACCCUGCCACUUUCAGUGUGAUUACAAAAUAUUUAUCUGUGUUUUCCUUUUUAUUGUUCAUCUGUUAGAAGACAUUGUUACUGUUGUUAGUUUGUUGUAUUUGUUGAACAAUUCAAUACAUUUAAAGUCCCAAAUUAAUUGGUUACAAAAUGUUAUUUCAUUUGAAAAAUUAUCAUAUAUUAAGUUUUCAAAUUUAAAUGCCUUUUAUUUAGUCAUUACUUAAAAUUGCCAGGGUGCAGUUUUUUGACGUUUGAAAAUGGUUUUAAUAAGUCUAUGACCCAUUUCUUUGUAAUA